UUAACAGACACAAAAAGGCACUCACACACAUUAGACAGAUCUACCCUACCUCCUCAGUCCACCCGCCGCUCCUCCGGGAACCUCUCUGACAAACUGACCAUUUAUUUCGUCGUUUGACUUUAUUUUAGCCUUUAACUCUUGCUGGACCAGCUCAAGAAAAGCAGUCGGAGUUGUCCUCGGAUCGUGGGAUGUGAGCGUUGUUGUGUCUGUGGGUGACAGAGGGGGACAGGGGGCGCUCUGCGCUGCUCAGUGCAGGACGCAGGAGACAGUCGCUCUCCAAGGUGCUGAAAGUCGGAGCGCUCCCUCCUCACUCUCCCCUACUGACGAUGAAUGCGACCGAAAAUCAAACACUGACUGCUCUCAAUCCCGUUUGGUUUCAUCUUUUUAUACUCUAAACUUCUGGAUUCUUUAUUUUUCAUGCAACCGUUGGAUGUACACACACAUAUGUGCAAUAAGCCUGACUGCUGCUUUCUCAUAUUCACCUGCAUCGUUGGGAAAUAUUGAAUUGACUCCGGAUUCUCAGGGAACGCUAUAGAGGAUUUUCCCCAGCUGUUUUUCUGGGUCUCUGCCUCUCUCUGCGUACCGCAUGCCUUCGGACGUGAACUGUGAUAUUGUCUCAAAAAAGGUGAGUCCGAUGAGGAUGUUCAUGAGGCAAACCUACUUUUACGUGGAUAUAAUUUUCUUUGCACUGGAAAGGGAAGGUGGGGGACCAUACCUCCAAAAGGCUGGUGUUUAAUUGCUUUUAAACCCACCAUCACGACCGAGAGGGAGGAUUAUAGUGUCUUGUGGAGUCUGGAGAAUGUACCCUGUGGAUAAAGUAAAGUUUCCAAUAGGCUAGGCGACUGUAAUUAAAUCUGCUCUAGCCCUCUAUGCGUUGGGCUCUCUGGCUUCACACUAAGUGGAUAUCAAGAAAUUUCGCGCCCAUUUCCCCAAGUGAUGAUUAUGAUGAUGAUGAUGAUGAUGAAGCGCAGAACGGAUCCGGAGAGGAUACCGGGAGCCUAGGGAUGACAUUCACACAAUUUUGUUGAAUGUGGAUAUCGAUGCCGCGGCGAAGGAUGGGCCCUCUCCUCUCGGCCGCCUUCGUGUUCCUGCUGGCCCUGAGCGCCGUGUCUCCGGCCUCGGUGGGUAACCCCGAGGAUUACGCCGCGGACGAGGCAGAGCGGACCGCCAGUGAUAGCAUCGUCUUCGAUGACUACCGGGGGAAAGGAUGCGUGGACGACAGUGGUUUCGUCUACAAACUCGGGGAGCGCUUCUAUCCGGGCCACUCGAACUGUCCGUGCGUGUGCACGGAGGACGGGCCUGUGUGCGACCAGCCCGAGUGCCCCAAACUGCACCCCAAGUGCACCAAAGUGGAGCACAAUGGAUGCUGCCCCGAGUGCAAGGAAGUUAAAAACUUUUGCGAGUACCGGGGGAAAACGUAUAAAAUACUGGAAGAAUUCAAGGUGUUUCACCUACAGGGUUCCCCAUCAGAUGAGGAAGGGACCAGUCCCCAGCCCAGCAUGGCUGCCGGCGUGCCUCUGGCCUCAGCGCAGCUGCAAUCAAGAACCAGGAGAUAUAGGCCGUCACCCUGUGAAUGGUGCCGCUGCGAACCAAAUAAUGAGGUGCACUGUGUGGUGUCCGACUGCGCCGUCCCAGAGUGUGUCAACCCUGUGUACGAGCCGGAGCAAUGCUGCCCCAUCUGUAAAAACGGUCCAAAUUGCUUUGCUGGAACGACGAUCAUCCCAGCCGGAAUUGAAGUAAAGGUGGACGACUGCACCAUCUGCCGCUGCCACAACGGAGACUGGUGGAAGCCGGCGCAGUGCUUGCGGCGGGAGUGCCUCAACGGCCAGUCGUUGUCAUAGAGAGACUCGACAGGGGAAGGAUGGAAAAGCUCAGGCAAGGCCCUGCCUACUGCACCAUUUUAUAUGAUUGACAGGGCAGGAGCACAAUUCCUAAGCAACCUGAGACAGCAUAGCGUCAAAGAGAUGCUCUCAUAAGCUUCACACAAAUUACAAAUUUAGCCACUGAGAAGAAGACGGAACUUGUCUCAUGGUUGUUUCCACCCCUCCAGUUUGAAUCGUCCUACACAUUUUCAGAAGUUGACUUGCUGCUCUCACACGAAAAGUUUCUAUGCUCCUUGAACUAUUUCCUAAUCACUGACAACGUUGAGCUGCUCAUGUUGAUUUCUGUAUGUAUGUCAUCUGCUUGUUGUACUUGUCUGUCGAACUCACGCAGGUGUUGUAAAAUUCCAACAGCAGGAGAAACAAACUUAAGCACACUUAUCGCCGCUUUUUUAGUUGUUGGUUUUUCUUCGUCAUGUGAGGACUGACACCAGUGAAAGCACUGCAAAGGUGUGCUCCAGUUUCAGAACUUCACCCUAAGAGCUUGUUUACAAGAUGCACAUCACACAUAAAUGUUUGUGUCUUCAUAAGACUUUUUAAUCGCUAUGGCAGAAACACACCUCUAACACUUAGAUGAAGCUACUGUCAAUUUUAUAAACCGUUAUAAAAACAACAACGCUGAUUUGAUUUUACAUACCACAGUUUUGAGUCAUGUCUUUAUAUUGUAGCAGCACAGGCAGGGCAAGUUAGUAUUGUAGAAUUAGCUGAAGGGCAGGAAAGGUUGUAGCCAGCAACUAUGAGAAGGGUAGAUCUAAAAUUCUGCAGUACUGCAUCAAAGCUGUGGGCAGCCCCCUUUCCGGCUUAAUUGUCGUUAUUGUUUUCUCUCUGAGGUCCAUAUCCUCCAAAACAUUCCCACUAACUAACUGCUUGAACUUGUUAUCAAAGCAAUUAGUGAGCCAAGAGCAGCCUGCUUUAAUUUCCCUUAAUCAAGGAGUAUUCUGUGAUAAAUCAUCCAGCUGGAUGCUUGGCGCUGCCGCAGCCUGCAUGCUGGGCACACUCAACAAGAACAAGUAGACAAAAGGAGGGAAUCUGCAUAUGUCUAAAUGCUUUUAAGCAGCAUUCACAUGCACAUUGUCCAUCUACACAAGCGGGCAAUUCAUCCACAAUCUCACAGCCACAGUGUGUUGAUCCGCACAUAGACGCACUUAAACCUAUAAGGCUUGAAAAUACAAAGCUGUUACAUUUGCCCACUGCUAUAGAUAUGUAAUAGAUUUUUUUAGUUCCUCCCUUCCCCAAUAUGUUAGAAUAACUCUUCCAAUGUGUUGUGGUUAUGGCCAGGGCUAUAACAUAGAGACAAGCUAAUGCAUUGCCCUGAUAUUUUCCCAGAGCGGAGUGGUCCCCAAGUGGUCCAGUCUGAUAGAAAAAGCACCCAACCAAGGCCCCAAACACGAUAUUUUUGAGAUGAUAAAUACCAGUCAUUAAUUCAGAAGGUGAAUUCCAGUAAGCUCAUGCCAUUCAUCACUAGAAUUUUUUCCCAUUUCCAGAAAAUCCGUUCCUGUUAACCUUUUAGACCCUAUUCCUGGGCGGUGAUGGAUGGGCUGCUUAAUAGCAGCUCCAAGCACUCUGUAAUGAGACAGAAAUGAACAUAGGAUAAAGACCGAUGACUAAAGAGGUACAUUACCUUAAAAGGCACUAAAAAUGUAUAUAUUUUUUUUGGAAGAAUCUUGUAGUCUGCAAACUCCGCUGCAGCUCAUGGGCGAUGGAGGAAUCACAGAAUUGAGAUAAUAUGGUUCAAUCUUAGGUGCAACAAUGGAGCUUGGGUCAUUUUCAUCAUUAAGCUACAAUGAUUUAGUGUCUUUCAAUGUGAAAAGACAGACCUCAUCUAUCUGGCUUGAGGUCUGCACUCAUAAAACAAAACUGACAUCUAUGGUUUAUCAAUCACAGCCACAGUGCUCCGGACAUUUUAGGAUUAAUAAAAGUAGCUUCAUUCAUCCUACUUAAAAUGCCAAAUAAUCAUUCUGCCUAUACUGUACAUGUAUCCAAAAAUAUACUGGGUAGCAACAGAGAAAGACUGAAAUCAGUGUGUGAGUUGACAGGACUCAGAGGCAUUGCUACCUGACAAGACUCACAAAGCAUGGCCUUUGGCUUCAUACAGAAUCAACAGCCCGCACUGCAAGUGCUACUUUGUUUGCACUCUUUGCUGUAAUGGUAUGCCGUUCUGAAUUACCCCAAACUAGUUAUUGUUUUACCCUCCAACAUUCCAGCAGGGUGAAUUAGCAAGGAUAACGACGACAACGUUCAAUCACAGCUAAAAAUCUGAAAUUGAAUUCACAGACUGCUCUAAAGAGUUUUUUCAUAGAAGUAGUAUGUAGAAGCAGCAAAAAUGGCAGAUAUGAAUAUCGUUAGGAUCCUUUUGAUUGCGACUCAUUGUAGUGUUCAUGAUUGUUCAGUUACAGUUUCCUUCCAUGCUUCUGAGGUGCGCUACAUUUGUUAAACUAAACUGGGGGUGCCAUGGCUGCUCAUCUCCUUACUUUGCAAACUACAAGCUGCCUCCAUCAACUAGUGCAGAAAGAGAAGUGUUCAAACCAUCUAUUCUGAGAACAUGCUAAAUUCUCCCGCCAGGCAUAAGAGCUGAGUCGCUGUGAUCCAGGCUGACAGCAGGUAGUACAGUGAAAGAAAACAGUGGAAUAUGCCCCCCCCCCCCAGUGUUUAAAGGAGUGCAGAGCAACUCCUUUAAACACUGGUCAUGAAAAUUAAUUUUAUAGCACUCAUUGACAACUGAACAAAAUGAGUUUGGAGCCAUGUGCAUUAACAAGCAGUAGAUUACCGUGUGUGCCGUUUGAAAAAACAUAUUUAAAAAAUAACGUUUAUGUGGCACACAUCCACUACACGCAUCUCAGAGAGAGCCUCUGCCUGGGAAAAGCAGCAGAAAUUACAUUUCUCCUUGCAAAUAUAGAAAGCUGCAGUCUCAAGGACAGAUCAGCAGCAGUCUGCCUUUGUUCAUUUUCUGCCAAGAAACUUAAGUCUUUUUGUCUGUCUGUGAGCGUCCAUUUAAAAUGACCCCAUUUGUCCUCUCAUCAUUCAAACCACAGGCUUGUACAUGGGCAUUUUGUAAAGGUAUACCAUUCACUCUUUCCAUGAGACACCAACUUACUGUAGCUGGAAACUAUGAAAGAUUUCAUUUUUUCCCCCCUCUCCUCAUGUUUUUUUUCCAGCAACAAAACUGUUACAUAAAGUGUGCCUGAAAACCAACAGAGAGUACUAUCCGGAUUCUAAAGAGAGAUACACUGUUAUUAUACAAUCAACUGUAUUUACGUUUUGGGGCACCAAGGGUCUGUUCAUGAGGGACUCAAGUGGGAUAGUGUCAUUUCUAUAAGAAAUUAGAAAUGUAUGUUUAAAAUAAAGAGCAUCUUUGAUUGUAUAGGACUACAUGCUCGCACCAGGUUCACCCUAAGCUCCACAAGAAAUAAAGGGUCCAAAUUUUCAAAAGUCAAACAACCCUUGGUGUUCCCCGUAUUGUUCAUAUGUAAAUAUCUUCAGACGUAUAAUGUGUAUUCUGAAAUCUGAGAUGGAGUAAAAAAAAAAAAAGACAUAAGAAAUAAGAAAAUGUGUAUCAUUCAUCAAGACAAAAGCUAUUUUGUUAAAUAGACCUGAAAAGAA